AUGAAUGGUACUUCCACUGCCUCUAUCUCACCUGAAACUAAUUUCAAUGAGGAGACAUUUGCUGUCGGUAGUGAGCUGGGCCUGACCGGCACAAUCCCUAAGCAUAUAUGUGGUGCAGUUACUAAGGCUCUCUCUUUUACUUCCCCAUCUCACUUGAAAUCUGGUGAUUAUCAGACAAUAAGACCAUCUGAAUCAGACAAGAUCCCUGAUCUUGUCAUGCUCACUGUACCACGCCAUAAGAUUCUACUUGUGGGUGAAAUCAAGACAUUCUGGACUGUCUUUCUAGAGGAUUAUCCGGUCACCAGUGGUUAUGCCACAUUUGUCAAUCUCCAGCAUCAUUUCAGCCAGGUGGCUAUGUACAUGAGAGAUCACGAGCUGAAAUAUAGCUUUCUUACCACAUACAGAACCACGGUGUUUAUUCGAAGAACUGAGAACUUUCGAUUUGAGCUUUCUUUACCUAUUGAUGAACAAUCGCCGCCGAGAUUCCACCCAGAACAGAAUCGUGUACCAGCAGAGAUCUAUUAUCAGGCAUCUACACAGCCAUCCCCGUUUCGGCAUCAAGUAAAAAUCAAGGAUAAUACUUCAGGCGAAUCAGUCGGACCAGAAAGCAUCAUUUUUCGUACAGAAGGUACUGAUGUUUCGAAGAUCAUUAAUUGCAAAGGUAUUAUACAACGGACUAAGGCAAGGGCCAUAUUUAAUAUUACCUGGGAUGGUAAGCCAGCCAUUGCUAAAUGCUGGUCAGAAGGCUGGUAUAAAAGUUAUGCUCAAGAAACAUCUGUUUAUAUUCGCUGUUCCUCCUCAUUUCCAAAGGGAAAUAUGUUAAUCAUCUCCAAAGUCCAGGGUGAACCUCUGACUUCACAGUGGACUACUCUUUCUCCUAGUUCAAAACUUCAUAUUCAUUCUGAAGUCUACAAAGCCAUCAAGGUUCUCCGAGAACUUUCACUUGUUUGCAUUGAUGCUGAGAUGCACAAUGUUCUCUAUGACCGUGUAACAAAUGCUGUUACUAUGAUUGACUUUGAGCUGAUGCAGCCUGUGAAACCAGAACUUGUUAGUCCGGAUCUCCCAGAGAUGUAUGCUAAUUUCAGAAAUCAGCUUGUCCAAGGACAGACUCGCGACUCAGGAGGGUAA